AUGUGUGCGCAGGUGUGCGCGCGCGUGACCGACGUGAUCAAACCUGUCAGUGUCACUCUUUCAAGCUCUCAUGUUAUGUCGAUGCUUGACCCAUCUGAUGAACAAGAGGAAAGGCCGCUGACCGAACCGCAAUUAAACGCCAACAACCAAUUUCCAUUGGAAAAGGAGGCUCUGGUCAAGAAAAAACAAAAAAAGAAGCCUGUCGAGCUCAUUAGAGAGCCUGGAAAGUCUCUUUUUCCAAUCUCAAGAGUUCAAAAAAUCAUCAAAGCGGACAAGGAAAUACCCAUUGUGGCGAAGGAUGCGACCUUUUUGAUAUCCCUGGCAACGGAGGAAUUCAUCAAACGCCUUUGCCAGGCCGGUCACAGCGUCUCUGAGCGGGACAAGAGGUCUAUCGUGCAGCACAAGGACAUUGAAAUUAUGCCUUGGACGACUUCAGGCGGACCUGCUAAACGUACGAAACCGAAGGAAAACACGGCAUUGGAUAAGUUCGUGGUGUCGAAAGGAGGCGAAGAGGCGGAAGAUAGCGGUGGAAAUGACAUAGUUAUGAAUGAGGAUGGAACGAUGGCGAUGGCAGUAGAGUAG